AAUCUUUCCAAUGUUUUUUGCAGGGCAUAAUGAUUUUUCAUUACUUUUUGUGCAAAAAUCAAGUGAAAAUUGAUUAGGAUAGCACUAAAAUUAUGUCCAUGUCGGAAGCAGCGGAACCGGAACCUCCCACUAACGGUGACUCACACGAAAAAUCAACAGAAGCUUCGGUAGCGGCAAGUUUACUUUCUGUACAGGAGGAAUGCCACAACAAACAGGAGCUCCAUCCAAAGCAGGAUGCAUUCAACAAAGGCGGUAAGAAAGCAGGACGUCCACGCAAACCCCGGCCAGAGAUUCUAUCACUGGAGGAGUACGAUCGAGAUGAGGAUUUCGGUAAAAUUGCAGAAAAGGAGAACACGGCGGGCCGUAAAAGAGGUCGACCUCGGACCAAGCCAGUGGAUGAAGAUUUGUCACAGCAGGAAAAGAAGAAACGGGGACGUCCGAAAGAUGAAACAAAAUCCAAUGUGACCUGUGAUCUUUGUGGGAAGUUCUUCAAGUACCGGGUCCUGCUGAAACGUCACGAGCAAACCCACUAUGGUAUCAAGGAAUUUCAAUGUGAAAUAUGUCACAAGCGGUUUCUGCAGAAAGGUGGCCUCACCGUACAUCUUAGGCAGCACACUGGAGAACGGCCGUAUAAGUGUCCGUACUGUCCGGCAAGUUUUCGAGGACAAUCCUCGCUGGACUGCCACGUGUUUCGGCACACCCAGCAGGGAACCAAGUGUCCCCAGUGUCCAUCGGUGUUCGCAACGCCGGCCAUUGUCAAGCAACAUAUCAGAGAGGUUCACACAACGGAGAAGCCCCAUACGUGUCAAAUUUGCGGCGAAAGCUACAAACACCGGAAGAGCCUGACUACUCACCUGGAGGAUCAUGACAAGCGAAUCUGCACGGUUUGCGGGAAGGUUUUCAACACGAUGUUCGCCUUGAUGACACACAGGCAUAUUCACGAACAAAACCCAAAGUGCAGCCUUUGCAAUAGGACGUUCAAAUCGGAGGAAGAACUACAAGCACACAGUAAGCUCCGAGGGAGGGCCUAUCAAUGCGAGCUGUGCUGUUACAGUUUCAACAAGGCCGAGUUCUUGAACAAUCAUCACCGAAGGGAUCACUGGAAGGAGCUGGGGUUGGAGCGACUAGCACGAAAAAUUGUGCCGCGCCCUAGGAAACCGAAACCGGAAGGACCCAAGGUUAAGAAACGUAGGAUCCCUCUGCCCAUGGUUACAACUGAAAGUGAUCCGAGGGAAGAAGUCGUGGAGGAAUCAGCAAAUACUGCGCUUCCAAAUUUGCCGGCCGUAGAAGCGAAACCGAUCGUAGAGACCCCCAUUUCAGACGUCCAAGCAGUUUUACAACCGACAGAACAGGAAUCUGCAAACGGCGAACUGAAACAGGAACACCACGACGAUCAGGAUCAUUCGGACCACGAUGGUAACGACUUCACCGUGGACGAUGUUCAAGGCAUCGAAUCGGACGAGAGCGAAGUGAAAUUCUUCAACGAAACGAUGGAUUGUCUUCCUAAAUGUGAAAUCAAACAAGAAGUCGAGUCACAGGUCGAAGAAUCGGUGACUAGUGUACUGCCCUCGUGGGAACCGGGAGAUUUGGUCAAGGUUGAACUCGAGAAGGCCGAGAAUCAAGAGGAAGAAACGGUUGUACUUGGGGAAGAUCCUAUCGACGAGGAGAAAAUCGAAGAAGAGCCAAAGGAGGAGAAGGAAGAACCAUCAGAUAGUGAGGACGACAUUCCUCUGGCGGUUCUCAGUUCGACUUUCCGAGCUAAAACGCCUCUUGAGAAGAAAAAACUUUCCGUUACCUCCGACGAGAACUCCGUUCCUAAACCAAGCGAAGACUCUUCGGAUGACGGUAAACUGUACUCAAUCGGAGAUCCAUCCGACAACGAGCAAUCAAGCGUAUUUCGAUCUAGCGAAACGGAAGAAGAUGACAUAGAAAUUGAGAAACCUAAGCCGAAACGUAAACGAAGGCGAAAACAACAAAACGGUGAACGGACUGCUAAAAGAUCUAAAAAGAAACAGAACGUGACGUGCUCGCUUUGUGGAGAAGCCUUCGAGGGUAGAGUUCUACUCAGGGAGCACAGAAAGGCCGCCCAUCCGGAUGGAAAAGUCAAUACUGGGCCUCUCAUUUGCGAGUUAUGUGGUAAGAAAUAUGCCACCAUAUCGUCCCUGACGGUUCAUCGGAGUCAGCACAAGGAAUAUCAACGGUUCAAGUGCGAUGAGUGUCCAAAGGCCUUCACCUUCCAGUGCUACCUGGAGAACCACAAGCGAAUAGAGCACCGCAACGAAAGGUUAAUCUGUCCUCUGUGCGGCAAGUUGUUCAAAUAUGGACCGGAUUUGAAGCGUCACUCGCUUCAGCACGAAGAGGACAAGCCCUUCAAGUGCGAGGAAUGCCCGGCGGCGUUCCGACAUCCCAGUGCCUUGCACAGUCACAAGGCCAUUCACGAGAAACUGGUGUUCACGUGUUCCAUCUGUAAUAAGAACUUCCGGUAUGCUAACAGUUUGCGGGUGCACAAGCGUAUACACAGUGGAGUCAAACGAUUCCGGUGCGAAAUCUGCGACCGAGAGUUUAGCCAGAAAGCGCCGUUGAUGAAGCACAUGGACAUUCACUCGGUAGACCGGCAGGUCAAGUGCGUUGUCUGCGAUAAGGUGUAUUAUAAGAAGGUUGAGCUGACAAUCCACCAGGCCCAGGAACAUCCUAAUCAUCCGCUAAUUGGAAGGACAGUCAAGCUUCACGAGUGUAAAAUCUGCGGAGUGGUGUUCACAAAGCCGGGUCACCUAAAGAUACAUUCCGACAUCCACGGGGACGAGUACCGAUUCAAGUGCGACAUGUGCGAAGACCAGAAGUUCAAACAGAAAGCCGGGCUCCGGCAUCACUGGAAGCACUUCCAUCACAUAGAACCUCCGAAACGGAACCUGGGCAAAAAGCCGGCAGUGAAGAAGGUCGAAAAGGUGGUGGUCCGCACGGUGACGGGUGCCGAUUUGGGGCCACCACCAACACUGCCACAGAUGGUCGGGAUGAGCAACGACUUGGAUUUCGUGAUGCAACGAAUAGAAUGUGAGAUAGCGGGAUCGAAUUGAGAGGCAAGAUUUGAUUAAUUCUUUUAAAAGCUGUGAUCAAGAAGCUCGAGUAUAUUUUACUCUCCGUGAAAGUCCUUGUAUUAUCACGGGUACAAGGUAAGAUCUCUUCGAAUUUUACUACGUUUGUGCAUGCCUUAGUGUUCAAACAAACACUAAAUUAGUCACUUUAUUGAAUGUGCGGAUGAGGCGGUUCCAUGAUAAAUUUUAAAUCCUUGUCAAGAUCCUUGUAUUUUGAGAUUUCGUUCAACCGAAGCGGUAACACGCAAUUCGGAAAUACCAAGCUGAGGGUAAUGGGUUCCUCUACCACCAGUUAGGACGCAACGCCAAGAAGAAAAAGUUUGAAGCGGAAAAUUCAUUUUUGAUGUUUUGUUCUUUCGAACAUGUUUCCCUACGAACAUUUCCUAUAGCUGAGCUGAACUACGCAAAGUUCGAAGCGAAUAGACUGUCCAUGGAAUAAAAUAAAACCAAUAAACCAUGGAAGUCCGAAUCUUUUUGUGUAGUACUUAAAUUAUGAUUCUUGACUUCAUACUAAGCAAGUUUAUUGUUCAAACAAUGAAUAUAACGGUAAAAUAAAGAUAUUCUCACAUAGGUACUUAAAAUGAUUGCAAAAAGUAACUAAUGGGAAAGAAUAAAACUACUGCAAAACAAUUUGAUAGAAUGGAGUUAAUAAUCUUAAACUACCGAAAGGUUCUUUGACUUUUUCAAUCGUCUUCGCCGACAAGCGU